UAAAUGGCCAGAGAAUCGGGUUCGAGCCGAAAGAAUGGAGAAACUCCUGGUACACCACCUCUUUAAAUGGAUCACAUGAAGAACAAAACUGAAUUAGUCCGGUCAGUGAAUUUUGUAUACCGAAUAGCUAUAAACUUUUUUGUUUCUUUUUUUUUUUUUUUUUUUUUUUGAAAAAAAAAGAUAAGGCAUAGUAUUAAUGUAGGUCUUCCGCUACUGUUUCUGUAUUUGAAGGCUAACUAAAAACAAAAGAGUAGCUGCAUGAGAGGGUCUCUAGAGUACCCACCAAUCCACCUUCCUCUUCCCUAACUUAAACAACUUUUGGCUCAAUAUCCUUCAUCUCUUCCCUACACUAUUAUUCUCUUGCAGCUUUUUUUUUUCUCAUCAAAAUCCUGGCAAAGGAGAUACUAAUCCCAACUCUGUUUAUCCCCUAAUUCUUUGUUCUUAAAGAAUAUCGUUGUGAAAUGGAACAAGCAAGAUAUUGGAUGAGUGCAAAGCGAAAACAUGACAUGACAUUAUCAAAUAAUCCUUCUUCAUACGGCGAUUCGUGGGAGGAGCAAGCUUUCGCAGAAGAUGCAGCUGGAGCACUUGGAGGAUGUAUAUGGCCACCAAGAUCUUAUACUUGUAGCUUUUGUAGAAGAGAAUUCAGGUCAGCUCAAGCUCUUGGUGGCCAUAUGAACGUUCAUAGGAGGGAUAGAGCAAGAAUGAAACAAUCUCCUCCAUCUAAUAAUUCAAGUGGUGAUCAUCAAGUAUUUGUUCCUCCUCCUCCUCAUCAUCAUCACAAUAGCCAUGUUCAAUACCCUUCUCAAAUUUGUACCUUUAUGUACAACCCUAAUUCUGACUCUGACCAUGGAGCUCCAAUUAGGGUUUCUUCUCAAAAGAACUUAGCAACUCAUCAUCAUUCUUCCUUUUCAUCAAUUAUCCAAGAAGAGAACAAUAAGAACAAGUUGUCAUCACCUCCUUCAUCAUGGUCAAAAUCAAACUUGGUGGCUGCAAAACAUUCUUGUGUCUCAAAUGUGAAAAAUGAUGAGGAGAAGAAGUUGAAAUCUAUAGAUUUCAAAAAAGAAGAGAGGAAUCUAGAAGUCAUGAUAGACUCUAGCUUUAGGGCUGAAAUAGAACAUGUUGAGGAGGCUCCUACUAAUUGCAAAAGAAGGAGAGUUGAGGAAAAUAAUAAUAUUUCAUUUGCAAAUCUCUUGUCUAAAACAAGUUCAAUGGAAAGAUGUCGUCCACAAUCAGAAGCACUUGAAAGGAUUCCUAGUGCCAUAGAGGAAUUGGAUCUUGAGCUGAGGCUUUGAAAAAUCCUAAGGUACACGUAUAUUUGCAUGGAAACAAGGUUCUUACUUCACGAGAUUGAUAUAGCUCUAAUAUAUUGGCUGAAUAGACUAUAUAUCCUUUAAAGAAAAGGUUGCUUGGAUCAGUAGAAUAAAUUGGGAAUCUGUCUGACAUAAGUUCGAU